UCCAAAGGAGCUCAUGAUCAUCCACGUCCAGAAACAAAACUAGAAGCAGAAGCAAGAAGAUCAAUCCAAAAAGCACAGACUGCUUUUUCUCCAUCUUCUCCAAGAAUAAAAAGAAUCCGGGAGAUUGAGACUCUGACAGGUGCAAUGGCGACACGGGAGGCUUUGCCUUUGCUUCUUUCCAAUCCAGACGCUUACAUGCUACCUGCUGAUUUUGGGGGACAUUUAAGCAAAACCCAAUGUGCUCGCCCCAGCACCCAGCACGUUCUGCUUGUGACAAAGGGCGGCCAUGAGCCCUUCAGGCCUAUCGCUGGCCCUCCAGGGGAUGAAUCCUGUGAGGAGAAAUCCCCCCCGGCUUACAGCAAUGGCUGCCUCCCUCCACCACCCUACGCUGCUCCUCAGGGAGGACCCUGCCCCACAGCGAGCGGGGCACACGGCCACUGCCAGCUCCCGCCGCCUCUGAGGGGAGGCAAAGGAGACAGGGGUGAAGGAGGGCGCCGUAUGGGUCUCAACUACUGCAACAAUGACAUGGUUUUUAACCUCUACCCAUUACGGUGA